CCACCCUCUUCCGGGCUCCGCUGGCUGCGCGCGCAUCCUCCCCCCUUCUUUUGUGGUCCGGCCCAUUGCGAGGGUGACAGGAAACCCUGUGCAGGGAGCGCCGCCAUCUUGGGCCAGCCCGAGGAAGAUCCUGAGGGAGCCGCAGGAGCAGCCGCCGCCGCCACCGCGACUGCCACCCGAGUGUCUGCAACCUCCGGCCAGCCCGCCUACCUGCCAGGGCCUCGGCUGACGGAUUCCGGCCUCCCUCCCGCCGCGUCCGCCCUCCGCUUCCUCGUCCUGACGUCCCCCUCCCGUCCGGAAAGCUGCCCAGCCACCAGCAACCCCCCAGUGCCACCAUGGCAACUGCACCGUACAACUACUCUUACAUCUUUAAGUAUAUUAUUAUUGGGGAUAUGGGAGUAGGAAAAUCUUGCUUGCUUCAUCAAUUUACAGAAAAAAAAUUUAUGGCUGAUUGUCCUCACACAAUUGGUGUUGAAUUUGGUACAAGAAUAAUUGAAGUUAGUGGUCAAAAAAUCAAACUGCAGAUUUGGGAUACAGCAGGGCAGGAGCGGUUCAGAGCGGUUACACGGAGCUACUAUAGAGGAGCUGCAGGUGCGCUCAUGGUGUAUGACAUCACCAGAAGAAGUACAUAUAACCACUUAAGCAGCUGGUUGACAGACGCAAGGAAUCUCACCAAUCCAAACACUGUAAUAAUUCUCAUAGGAAAUAAAGCAGACUUGGAAGCACAGAGAGAUGUUACCUAUGAAGAAGCCAAACAGUUUGCUGAGGAAAACGGCUUAUUGUUCCUUGAAGCAAGCGCAAAAACAUGACAGUGGCUAAGUGGAAGACAUCAUGGCAGUUGACUAAAGGUUUAGCAGGUCAGUGUAAAUGCCUUACAUUUUCUAGAAAGCUGUGCUUUGUAAAUAAAGUUGUUGAUUGUCUCUUAGGGGAGAGAAUGUAGAAGAUGCUUUUCUUGAGGCUGCCAAGAAAAUCUAUCAGAACAUUCAGGAUGGAAGCCUGGAUCUGAAUGCUGCCGAGUCUGGUGUACAACACAAACCCUCAGCCCCGCAGGGAGGACGGCUAACCAGUGAACCCCAACCCCAGAGAGAAGGCUGUGGCUGCUAGUGACCUCUUUGCUCUGGCCCCUCAUUUGACCUUUCACCUCUGUCUGUUGGAAGCAGUACUUUUUACUGCCUCCUUGUCUUCUGUACAUCUUACUGGGUUUAAUUAAAAAAAGAAAAAAGAAAAAACAACUCUUGUAAAAACAGUUUAACAAUACUAAACUGCUAAACAUCUAGAUGUAAUCAGGUUAUCAAAGGCAAGUAGAGUAAUAAAUCUCUCCUGCAUGGUAAAUCUAGACUUUCCCCCUUUGAUUGUCCUUGUGAUAGGUUUGUCACCAAUAUAUGAUUUAAACUGAGCACUGCUGCUGGACCUGAUUUUUACCUUCCCUUUUGGCAAGGCUUUGUCUCGCUGUACGGUUUAAAUUUGAUCUUUUCAGCCUUCCUCCCAUCUUUAAACUGUUGAGUAUGUCUGUUGUAGCCAGUAAGUUCAUUGCUGUGAAAUGACUUUGGAUGGUAGAGAAAAGGGGUCUGCAACUGCUUUUGUUUUUGUUGGAUAAAUUCCCUGUUGUAGGGGUGGCAUUUUUCUUGAUGAGGUUUGCUUCUGUCUUAGCCUUGCACAGGGAAAAAUACCCAUUUAUCUUUUCUUGUGCUUAAUUAAUAGCUUUAUCUUUUUUUUUUAAUUUUUACACUAUUUUAUCCUUUUCUCUUUAACAGAAAGUAAAUAUGUAUAAAAUUUGAAGGAACCUAACUAACAAUACCUUCUGUGUAUAUUAUUUUAAUGAAGAAAAUAAAUUGAUUACUGGCAUUGGAACAGUAUAAAAUACCAGUUUGUACAGUGUGACCUAUAUGUGACCAUGUUACUCUUCCAUUUCACACACGGAAAUAAGACACAACAGCAGCUCACAAGUAAUACUGGCUCCACUCCUUGGUGCUGGCAGUGUUUGGGGACAGACAUAAUGCUGGAAAGAGCUCCUGGCAUCAGCGGAAACACUAGCGGAUUCUACUCCAUCUUUGCACUGUGGCAUACCUGCUGAUUUUCUUAACUGUUCUUGUGUAAUCAACGCGCUCACCUGCUUUUCUUUUUGUAAACAUUUUGUGUUAUAGGCUGCAUUCUUGCCUUACUGUAUAGGAAAAGGAAGAAGGCUGGGUUUAAUAUUGCACAUUUUAAGCUUUUAUACCUUUAUCUUGGAAUGGUCAACUUCUGGACCAGAUAGCCAGAACCACAGGUCUGCUGUUAAGGGAUUUUAAAUUGUGCGUUUUUAACACUACAGUGAGAUAAUUUAGUAUUAUCCUUUGUGUUCAUAGUAUGAGGGGCUAUCUUAUGUCAUGUUGGCAUAAAUUAUUUUGUAAAAGGGAAGGUGUUUCUAAAUGUGUAUGCUGACAUCAUGUAAGUUGCUACUUUGCACUGGGUGGUCUGGCCACGGAAAGAACGCCUUGCAAGAGAAACAGAUCUCUAGGCAGCAUCUGCUUCACUCAGUUCUUCCCUUCUCUUGGUUGGUUUCUAGCUGAGUUUAAAGUGGCUGGGAAUUGAGAGGUCAUUGGAAGUGCACGUAGGUAAGCCCCAGCACAUUAUAUAAAAUGCUCUCUGCUCAUUGCUGUGUUAAAAUACACAUUUUAAAUCCCUCUUUACCAGACACUAAUGUAAAAGUACAUCUUCUGGAUUAUAAACAUGUGGUAGUUCCAGAGUUUUGUAUAGUCAAUGUUAAAUAAAAGCCAAAACUGGAAUGUGCAGAAAAUAGGAUUCGGUUUUCUUGUGGAUUCACCUUUUUGUCCUUGUUUAACUUAAAGGAAUCUUGGAGUAGACUGAUCUAUUCUGUUAAAGAUGUAGAGUGAUCCAUUUGCUUACACUGUUGCAUCACAGGGGAUUCGCCCAGGGACCAUGACCUGCUGGUGUGUGUAUAUAUUUACAAAACAAAACAAAUCACCCAUCGGGACAUAAGGUAGCAAUCACAGAGUGAAGACCUUCGGCUUGUUUAGGUGCAAUACCCCAUUUCCCAAAGUGACAGUGGGUCCUAAUUGUUUUUGUGACAGAAGGAUUUAUUCAGACUGCUGUACUCUUCAUUUGAUGUAACAAAAUGCUAUUAUCUAAAUAUUUGUAAAUAAAGUACCUGUAUCUAGAUUAAAUUGAA